GUCUGUGGAAAACACAUGAUCCUCGAUUUUAAUCGAUGAAAAACAAAAGUAUAGACAUAUCCUUUGGUAUGAAUAAAGAAGGAAAAAGAAACAUUGCAACAUGAAACGUACAUUAUUUAUAUGAAGUAAUAACAUUCGAAUUGUAUUGAUAAGGCUAGUAGCAUAAUUGGUUACGUUUGUAGCUCAGUACUAUAAGGAAUGUCGGUUCAGAUUGAGGUUUGCGCCUGGUCACCGUGGUGACAGUUCUUCGAUACUUGAUAGUGACACUUUCUUCUUUUCCUUAGCUUGUAUUAACUACACCUUCCGUUCAUGUUGUUUAAGUGAUUUCUAUUAAUAAAUUUGUGAUGGCACAGACGCUUGUUUGUAUACGGUACUUUCUCAUCAUUGGUGCUAUCAUCAUUGGUGUGUGCGGUAUCAUAGAAAGUGUUUGCGCUGGAUAUUUCAUAUACCAGUUGUAUGAAUAUUCAUCCCUCACGUCUAGCAAUGUAUGUGGUUCAGCGAUAACAUUGGUCGUGAUGGGUUUGAUAACGUGUAUGAUAGCUUGGUGCGCUUGGCAAUUCCUAGAUUUUACAAAUAGGGGCCAAGUUAUAAUUUUUUCUGCACUGCUUAUAAUUGUUACAAUUGUUAAUACGAGUGCUGGAAUUUGGGCCCUUGUUAGACAUGAACAAGUGGAUUUGUUGCCAAUAGCGCACCUCGAACAUGUAUUUGAGCUUGCUAUAACGGACGAUAAGUCUCACUGGGAUAGUAUGCAUUCAAAGUUACAUUGUUGUGGAAUAAACGGACCAGCCGAUUAUCGUAGUCAAAAUGCAGUUCCUUGGUCUUGUUGCGAUACGUCAUCACUUGCAAAUCCUAAUGAUGAUAAAGGCGUGUGUACUAGCAUGUAUGCACAUGGUUGCCAGCAUGUAGUAUUAAAUCGUACUAGAUCGAUUCUUCUUCAUAUUUUUUUGCUUGCACUGUGCUCAGUAUUAUUACAGGUCUGCUUCAUAACGUGCAUGUCAUGUUACGUAAAAGCAUGCCGAGAAAGGAUGGAAAGAAGAAAGGACAUGAUGGUCAUCUCUCAGUCAUUCGAGCGAGCGUCCAAAGAUUUCGGAACAGGCGAUAAUCUUCUGAAUCAUCAGUCAAAAUAUUCAAAAACGGUGCCUGAUGCUUGAUAAUUUGAAUUUUUAUUCUCUUCAGAAGAAAUAUUUGUAUUUUGAUACUUACUGUUUAUGCCUGUAUUUCAUUACAUAAGUACUUUCAUUUUAAUCAUUGUAGUAUUUUAUAGAGAUCGUGUGACGUACUUUGGUAUUUUUUUUUUUAGCGUGUUCCUUUACUUUAAAAGUGUCGUUUAUAUUGAAUAUGUUAAAUACAUAAUUCUCCAAUAUUAACAUAAAUAUCAGUAACAAAAAUAUCAUGUACAUUGCAUGGUGUUAUGAAACUAUUCAUGCCAAAAUAUUGUGCCAUUUUACAAAAUGUACCAAAUACGAAGUUCCUUAGCUAAAAGACAUUUUACGAUUAAACACAAAAAAGUAAGCAAAUCAUUAUUAACAAAGAAUCAAGUAAUGUUACUAAAUAUUAUUAAUAUAUUAAUGCGAGAAAAUCAAUCUCUUAUUAUAAGAUUUACCCUUAUAUCAAGAAUGUCAGUGAUAUAUGAUUUACACUUUGAUUAAAAAUUUGUACACUUUUAAUACGAACAAAAUAAACGUUUGUAAAUAAUUGUAAGUAAAUCAAACCCAAUCUUGAUGUAUAUAUAAAAUGAAAUAACAAAUCUUUAAGUUUCGAUAAGUUCCGAGCACGAAAAUCUAUGCUACUAGAAGUUUCUUAGGUCGGAUGUUGAAGUGUUUUUAAGAAGUUUAAAAUUGAUCGUUAAAAAUUUCAGUAAACCCUUCGGUGAAUUUCAUAUUCUACGAUUCAUUUUUUUAAUGUUACGUUAUCAAAAUCAACGGGAAAUUUAUACAAGAGCUUUUUUAAUCUCUCUAGAUAAGACAGGUACGGCGCUAUUAUGCUUCAUGACUGAAACUCGUUUCGCUUAGCGUCAGUAGCGUCAGUUGAACGCGAGACGUCAGUGUUGUAAGUGUUGCUGUUCUUGUUCGUGCCGUCCUUUAACCUAACCUGUUGAGCAUCUUUCUGCGUGUCUUCCAAAUCACUUCUGGUAUUUUAACGGAUUUAUUUUCUCGAAACAGAAGUU